AUGGCCUCAUCUCCACUGCUGGGCACGGAUGUGACCAUUCACCCGGGGGCCUCAGGGGCCUAUCCUCCCCUCACUCCUGGCUCCCAACCCCAGCCAGCUUGGGAGCAGCACCUGCCACCGCCCAUGGCCCCAUUACGCCUGCCUGGCAGCACCCUAUUGCAGCCAGCUCGCCCCAUGACACCUCGGGUGACUCCUGCUGACCAUGGCCCCAUUGCCCCAGGGCUUGGCAACAUCACUGUCCCCGCCUGGUCAGGAGGGAGGUCAGCAUCGCCCCACCAGUCUCAGGCCUUUGGGCGCCCUCAGGCCCCACUCAAUGGCAAUGCUUCCAGGGCCCUCAUGGGGAGUGCUUUGUGUCCUGCCCCCCUUUGCACAGCAAGCGCUGCGGGGGACAGCGGGGUGGCUGCCCCGCCUAUUGCAGCAGCUCAGGCUGGCAAGGGAGGCUUGGCCCCAGGCCUUCCUCCUCAAGCUGCACCACCAGCUGCCCAGGUGGCCUUCAACCUGCCCCCAGGGAGCUCUGGGCCAUGGCCACAUGGCACCUCUGGGGCAGGAAGCCUGCAUGCCUCCCAGCACAGGGGCCCUCAGGAGGACGCCUCUCACCAGAACAGCGUCUAUCAGAACUUCCGACGCUGGCAGCGCUUCAAGUCCCUGGCCCGGAGCCACCUGCCCCAGAGCCCUGAUGCGGAAGCUCUCUCCUGCUUUCUCAUCCCAGUGCUUCGCACCCUGGCUCGCCUGAAGCCCACCAUGACGCUGGAGGAGGGAAUGCGGCAGGCCAUGCAGGAAUGGCAGCACAUGAGCACCGUUGAGAGGAUGGCCUUUUAUGAAAUGGCAGCAAAGUUCAUGCAAUUUGAGGCAGAGGAUGAGAUCAGGAUGGGGAACUUGUCCUGCACAACGCGGGCACAGGGCAUGCCUCCUCCAGCUCCACCAAAGCUGGCUCCUCAGGAACCCACAUCCCGCAAAAGGGGCACUCAAUCCUGGCAGCUGCUGGAGAACAAGGCCCCCGAGGAGAUUCCCCCUGAGGCUCGCAGGGAGCAUGGGGACAUCCCGGAGGCACUGGUGGGUCCUGGCCCCUCAGCCACAGGCGAGUCACAUAUGGAAGGUCCAGAGGAUGGAUAUGAGCUGCCACAGGACGAGGACGGCUGCUUCCCAGACCCGGAUCUCCUCAGCUACGUGGACAAGCUGUGUUCCCAGGAGGACUUGGACACCAAGGUGGAGGCGGUCAUUCACCCCCGAUUCCUGGCAGAGUUGCUUUCCCCAGAACCGGAGCUGGAUCUCUCGGGCCUGGCUGAGGAGCUGGAGCAGGAGGAAGGACUCUCCCCUGAAGAGGUGGCCGGGGGAGGGAGCGACACUCAGGGAGGCUGGGGCAGGGGGGGAACCCAGGUGACCCAGGACAUCCAGGAGGCAAGGACCCAGCUGGUGCAGAAACGAGUCCUGGCCUCGGAGGAGGACGACGGGGUGCCAGCCACCCCCAAUCACAGGGCACCCCACCUGGACUCAAGACCUUCAGAGUCCACUGGCCCGACAAGAUGCCCAGAGGAACGAGCAAGGCCCACAGCCCGGGGACAUCAGCAGCCCCCUCAGGCUGGAACUGCACAGCCAUUUCCUCGCCAGGGCACCAAGCGCUCGGGCCCUCCAUCAGGACCCAGGGCCAGCAAGGUUCUCAGGGAGGCCUCUCCUCUUAGUGGAGCCCCAGGGCUGGGUCACGGGUUCAGUGAGGACGAGGAGGAGCUCCCCAGCCUGGCCUUCCUCUUGGGCCUUCACCACAGCCUGCUGCCCUGGGGGCUGCCACAGAGCCCUGUCCCUGCCUCGGGUCUUGUCUGCACUGCAGGGCAGAGGGCCCAGCAAGCUCCCCAGGCCCCCUUUCCCCAGAGAAUGGGCCUCAGCUCAGGCCCCCUGCAAGCUGCCAAGUCUAGAAAGAGGGCUUGGUGUGGAGGCCUGGCUGCUGCUGAGGACCUGGCCAGGCCUAGGGCUGACCUGCGAGGCUCUGGGAGGCACACCCUGGCUCUGGGGCUGGUUGACCCUUCACAGCCCAACAGGAGCACGUGUGACCCAGGUGUCACAGGGAGGAGGAGGAAGCGGCACUGCAGCCAGUAG